AUGAAGUCCUUUUCAACCUGGGUCAAAAUUCUAUCCUCCUUUAAGCGGGGAACACCAACGCUAUCCGGAGUCCCCCCGGAAAUUGUGGAACAUAUUGCUAGCUUCCUAAGCAGCUCUGAUCUCCGUUCGCUGAGCGUCGUCUCUAAGGAUUUUUCUCGGCGUAGCAUUCGAAGCUUACAAGCCAUCGCCGCAAACCCUCUCCUUGCAGGUAAUGUUUUCAAAUUACGUGUUGAGGGGGGAUCUACUACUUUUGGAGAUGGCUAUGAGUGGGUUCGGAGCGCCGUUGGAAGCCGGUACCACUUACUUCGCCCAUACCCCGGCGUUGACAUAUUGGCGGGCCUUCUCUCAACCAAGCUUACUAGCUGCAGGUCUUAUGAAGUCAAUAAUAUCGUGAAAGGAGCUAUCCCUAAGGCAAGGUUUGGCGAUAUCUUUAAGAAGAAACCCAAGCGAAACUUGGUAGGUGGCCUGGACGGGAUUACGUUAUUGAUUGCCCUAACUCUCGAUACAGCUAAUCCACCCAGAGCUCUUUCUAUCGAUUUUGGGGCCGAAGACCCAUAUCGCCAAAACUCGCCUGGUGUAACAUACCCCAACCGACUAUUGUCCCCGAAAGAAUGGAUGUCGGAAGUGGUAUAUAUCCCUGAUUUUGCUUCUACGAUGCGCAAUAACCUUGAAGCGCUGCAUCUCACGAAUAGCGAUUCAUACCCUUCGACCUUCACUUGGGCAUUCGUCGGAGGAGCAGCGACGAAAUUGCGGGAAUUGCACUUAGACUUUGCUGGGAACUACAGCAGUUAUGAAUCGUUACAGAAUCUUGCACUUUUACCUCUACCUGUAGCCCCAGAACUGCAAUCACUUACUUUCAGUAAGGUGCCGGCAUGGAAUUCCAUUAUCAGGCUAUUCUCACACAGGUUUUCUAGCAGCCUCCGCACCCUGAAAAUCGAGAGCUGUGGGAUGCAACUUGGCUUGAGCUGGGUAAAUCUCUUCAACGAACUGGCAAGCUACUUUCCGCACCUAGAGCAUUUUUCUGCAUCUACGCUUCGGGAGGAGCUGUCGCGCAGCGAAUAUGAAAUGGAGAAUUGCUACCAUCUUCGGCAGCCUGUCAGAGCUAUUAUAUUCGACAGACUCGUGGUUGACCCUACAAUCCCCGACACAGAUGGCGACAAGUUCACCGUCGGCGUCCCCGACGGGUGUAGCCUGAUAUCCUAUGUUGAAUAUCAGGGGGAACACAUGGAUUUGGCUUUGAAACACCUCGCAACGUAUACAGAUUCUGUAUAUAAGGGGUACGAAGAGCAAUCGGGACGUUGGGAAUCCGCCAUCUAUGAACUACUUGUGGGUGUCUACCCACAAAUCUAA